CACGCUCGGUAAGUUUGCUUGUAUUGAUUUGAUCCUGCCAUGUCUCCGCACCGCCACCAGAUCGGCGGCAACAGAUGCAGUACCCAGAUCCUACUGCUUGGGCAGGUGUGGUUUUGUGGGUGUGCCACCUCUUCCUUUUUCCGUUGCCCAGAUCGCUUUCGCGGGGGAACUGUGGUAAUACCAGUAAACAAUGGUCUGGCGGGAUUGGUGUUUACUAUGAGCAAGCUGCACGUCCUACUGGAGGAUGGAGCUUAUCAACAACAUGCACAGCAACAGCGGUGCUCAUGUGGUCACGGCUCAGCGCCCUCGCUGCCAUGUACCUUUCUGUUGCAUGCUGCCCAAUGGCUUUUCCUCGUAAACCAAGACCGGGGGUAUCAGUAACCCCGUUUUCCUCGUACGAAUCCUUCUCUUUUCUCUAACCGAACCUGGCUCUUCCCUCACCCCGCAUUAUUUAGUCAACUCUUCGCUCCAC